CUUCCGUUCGGAAGAACUCCUGUUGAAUACAGCUUAGCUGCUGGUGGUGUUCCUUGGCUAGCUGCUGUGGUCUCAGAGAUCUGCCUGUGAGCCUGUGGUUUCUCUGAGCUGCUUAAUAGUCUGAGGUCUCGGGAAUCUGUGAGUCUUUGGGAUCCGCCUACGAUCUCUGGGCUCUGCCCGCAUGUCUAAGGAUUCGAGAUCUACCUGCACGUCUGGGAUAUCCAAGAUCUGCCAGUGAUCCCUAGAAUCUUUCGGAACGUCUGCAGUCUCAGAGAACUCUGCCUGCAGAUUUGAAAUCUGUUUGAGGCCUCUUGGAUCUUGGAGCCAGCGACCUAGUGGAUCUUCUGCUGGCCAGGAGCGCUGUCUGCUAGCUGCUUUUCCUGCUCUCUCUCUCCUGGGAGGCGAAUCCUUGAGCCCGAGAUGGCAGCCGCCCUGCUCAUGGCUGGGUCCCAGGCACCUGUGACAUUUGAAGAUAUGGCCAUGUACCUCACCCGGGAAGAAUGGAGACCUCUGGACCCUACACAAAGGGACCUUUACAGGGAUGUUAUGCAGGAGAAUUAUGGAAAUGUUGUCUCAUUAGAUUUUGAAAUCAGGAGUGAAAACGAAGUGAAUCCAAAGCAAGAGGUUAGCGAAGACGUGGAAUUUGGGACUGCAUCUGAUAGACCUGUUGGUAAUACUGAGGAAAAUCCUGAAAGCGAAGAGGGCUUUGAAAAUAGGGAUAGAUCAGAAAGACAGUGGGGUGAUUUAACAGCAGAAGAGUGGGUAAGCUAUCCUCUCCAACAAGUCACUGAUCUGCUGGUCCACAAAGAAGUCCACACAAGCAUCCGAUAUCAUAUAUGUUCUCAUUGUGGAAAGGCCUUUAGUCAGAUCUCAGACCUUAAUCGACAUCAGAAAACCCACACCGGGGACAGACCCUAUAAGUGUUACGAAUGUGGAAAGGGCUUCAGUCGGAGUUCCCACCUUAUUCAGCAUCAAAGAACACACACUGGGGAGAGGCCCUAUGACUGUAAUGAAUGUGGGAAAAGUUUUGGAAGAAGCUCUCACCUCAUUCAGCAUCAGACAAUCCACACUGGAGAAAAGCCCCACAAAUGUAAUGAGUGUGGGAAAAGUUUCUGCCGGCUAUCUCACCUGAUCCAGCACCAAAGGACCCACAGUGGGGAAAAACCCUAUGAGUGUGAGGAGUGUGGGAAAAGCUUCAGUCGGAGCUCUCACCUAGCUCAGCACCAGAGGACCCACACAGGUGAGAAGCCUUACGAAUGUAACGAAUGUGGGCGAGGCUUCAGUGAGAGAUCUGACCUCAUCAAACACUAUCGCGUUCACACCGGGGAAAGGCCCUACAAGUGUGAUGAGUGUGGGAAGAAUUUCAGUCAGAACUCUGACCUUGUGCGCCAUCGCAGAGCUCACACAGGGGAAAAGCCGUACCACUGUAAUGAAUGUGGGGAGAAUUUCAGCCGCAUCUCACACUUGGUUCAGCACCAGAGAACCCAUACUGGGGAAAAGCCAUAUGAAUGUAAUGCUUGUGGGAAAAGCUUCAGCCGGAGCUCUCAUCUCAUCACACACCAGAAAAUUCACACUGGAGAGAAGCCCUAUGAAUGCAACGAGUGUUGGCGAAGCUUUGGUGAAAGAUCAGACCUAAUUAAACACCAGAGAACCCACACAGGAGAGAAACCCUAUGAGUGUGUGCAGUGUGGAAAAGGUUUCACCCAGAGCUCCAACCUCAUCACACAUCAGAGAGUUCAUACAGGAGAGAAGCCUUAUGAAUGUACCGAAUGUGAGAAGAGUUUCAGCCGCAGCUCAGCUCUUAUUAAACAUAAGAGAGUUCACACGGACUAAGUCCUGUAAUUAUUACAGAGAAAUGAUUCAUUUGAAGGUACAAUUUUAUUUGACAUACAGGAACUUUCUCAAGACUGAGCUUCUUUUACUGUAGUGAAUUUCUUUGUUGUGGGCCACAGUUUAAAACGUCGAAGAAGACCAGCCACUUGAAAUUCUGACCCGUGGCUUUGGGAAUGUUAUUCCCUCCUCCAAAAUAGUGAUUUUUAUUCACCCAAUAUUAAUUAUUUCAUCAAAAUCAGCCCCACAAGUAACUGGAAAUCCAAAGACCGGGUGAUAAAUGCUGGUAAAUGCUCAGGCCUGGAAAUGGAGUAAAUCUUUAAAAGUAAUUUCUCCCAUCCUUGGCCCAAAAAACUAUGCUGGGGAAAUGUUGAACUGUGAUAGGGUGGUCACAGCUGCUUUGGAAAAAGACAACCAGAGACUUUGCCUGAAUUGCCACACCUAUUCACUCACAUAGUAGCUGGGCACACACAUCUUCCCUUCAAGGGCUUUCUCCUUGAGUUGCUCAUGCAUUUGUAUCUUUCUGUCUUCCUGAGAGCAGGAUUCUGCAUGAUGAAGGCAGUGAUCAUAACUUUUCUCCUCAUUGUUUCUAAUUAACUUUUUUAAAGCUUUCACAUUUGUGAAAGCUAACUGAAGUUACAGAUUGAAAAGAAAAAUGAGACACAGGUUUAGGGACCAAGGACUCAUCAACAGUGGUGACAUUAGCAAGAGAUGCCCACUGUUGUUAUUGCCAUUAAUCAGAAUUUAUUAAUUUUCUUUGGGGAUCACUGUAGGGAAUAUUGUAGGGAAAAUAGCUUCAAGGAAAGAUAGGACCAUAAGUGAUGGUGGAAGGUAAGGAGCAAGUGGAAUUGACCACUACAGGGAAGAAAGCACAGAGUCCCUUCCCAAGGAACGCAGGUCAUUUCUCUGUUCUUUCCCCUCUACCCUUUAAGAUCAAUUCUCCCUGUACUGCUAACUCUAGAAUUUGAUAAGGGCCACAUCCCAGUGUUUAUCUUAGCUUUCAUAAGGGCAUGUGUAUGUACAUGUAAAAUGUGUAUUCCUGUUGUUUUUCCAGUAGCAGAAACUGAAUUCACACCGAAUUAGCAUGUUCUUGGGUGAUAUUGAUCAUGUGACAGAACUACAGACAUAACUCCAAUGUGAGAAAUGUCCUUUUUUUUCAUUCUUUAUGAAAAAAAAAUUUAAACACUAGUGCUGUAAUGUGCACUCUCCUGUAAGAUCUGUCUUUGUACAGAACCAAGCACUUGUUUAUAUAUAUAUCAGUCAGUUGGAGAUAAUUACCGGACAAAUAGGUUGAUUGUCCUGUUCUCAGACUGAAUUAUCUUCUCUUUGGCCUAGUCACAGGGAAUUAAUAAACCUAGAUAGGAGUGUAUUUCCAUUCUCCCAGCCUACAGAUUUAAGUGGUUAAUGUAGGAGUUGACCCAACUUAAGCCCAGUAGUGUCAGUUCUCCUUACCUCAGCCCAAAGAGGAAUUAGGAAAUAUCCCAAAUGUUGAUUCUUAUCCAAACAUUUGGGGGUGGGAGUGGGAAGGAACUGAUGCCCAGGAAAUGGGACUGGAGUAAGAAAUAUAUAUUUUUUGAGCCUGCCCCAAGUUUUUUCUACUGUACUGUAUUGUGAGUGUUGUAAUGUUUGAAAAACUUUUGGCAUUGCUCUUUGGGACUUGGUGUUAAAGGAGCCAGUGGUCUCUUGGGUAGUGUACUGUAGUGAUUUACUAUGACUCACAGCCAUGGGGGUCUGCAUCCCUUGCAAAUGACACAACCUCAAAAGUAACAAUGAAAAAACACUCCACCAAGUAAGUGUCUUUGUGUUGCCACUCUUGUUUAAAUACAAACUCGGGCAGGGAGCAUGUUUUUUGUUCUAUACAAAAUCUAGCUGACUUUGGGUAUUCUUAUUUUAAUCGUUGAAUGACUUACAUGUUCUCGAUGACUAAACUCAAAUGUCUUUUUCCCGUAUCAGUGUUGCUGAUGGUUUUAAUGAAUAUCACAGUUCUCCUGUUAUUUCUGUGAGCCACUAGGGACAUCAGCUUCAGAGUGGCCGUAGAAGACAGCAUCUCCAUGACGUAACUAUAUUUCACUCUUUUCCUUCCCUACUCUCCUGCCCCACCCUCAUCCCACGCUAACCCGUUCCUUCUGCUGCUUUUGGCUUCUCAGUGCCCCAGCCAUCUCUCUAGACAUGUACACUCCAGUUGGGAAGUUAAAAGGGCAAGGGCCAGACCAACUCUGUCUCCUCUCUUCCUGCCAAUUGUUGCUCAUUUGCUGUGUUGAACUCUGUAAAGUUAUGCAUCAGUCUCUCUUUGCUAAAGCUUUUUGCAUGCCUUCUGCUCCCAAGUCUCUGGCUGCUUCCGCACACACAACCUGAGCACAUUGUGCCUGUUUUCUAUGGUUGUGGAGAGUGAGUGAACAAGUAAGUAUGUAGAGCAGUUUUCCUUAUGGUAUUGGUCACAAUUAUCUUAGUGUCUAUCUACAUCUGUAUUAUUCUAACAAUAUUCUGUAAUUAAAAGUAUAAUUUUUAAAAUCAAAAAGCUGAGAAUUAUUUUAGUAAUCCAGCACCAACUCAUAAAACGGCUUUUCAUCAGGUACAUUAAAAUUGGGCACAACUGUUUUUAUAUUGAUGCAUUUGUGCAGAUGUUCUUGUGGGAAUUGGGGAAUACCAUGUCUUCACGUAUUGGUGAGCUCUCUGGAUAUUGCCAUAUUUGGGGAAGAUGCAAAAAACAUGAACCAGUUUCCUGUGAAGAUUAGCCUGGUGGCAAAGCAACAUGGAAAUAUUUGGUACGGGUAACUCAUUAGCUUUGGAGAAGCAAAACAAAAGCAAAAAAAAAAAAAAAUCCAAAAGGAAAAAUGGGAAGAGGCCAUAUUUCUUUAAGGAGAUAUUUUGGGGUAUCUGUUAAGAAUACUAAAACAAUUUCUGCUAAAUUAGUAUUAGGAUCCCAGAACAGAGAUGUGUUCUAGAAAUAAAGGCUCUAUAUUCAUGACACAAUUGCGCGGUCUGCCUAAGGCAGUAAUUAUGUUCUACCAGGGUGUGGCCACAACUUUCAAAUUACUUACAAGCAGUUUUAUUUCAUGAAAACUGUUUUUGAAUGGAAGGCCAGUCUAGGCAGAGGUAGGGAGUGGAAGUGCUUUAAAUUGGGGAAAAAUACAAGUAGGAAUGAAAAUUUUUAAUUAACCCUAUAGCCAAGACUUGAAAAUGAAAGGGAUUUUUUUUUCUUUUAUUUUUUUAUUUUUUAUUUUUAUUUUUUGGCUCUACCACGUAGCUUGCAGGAUCUUAGUUCCCCAACCAGGGAUCGAACCCACGCCCUUGGCAGUGGAAGUGCAGAGUCCUAACCACUGGACCUCCAGGGAGCUCCCGUAAACAUUUUUUAAAAUUCUUUUUCUCCUUUCUCCAUGUUCAGCAUUUUUUAUUUCCGGGAAGGAAAGUUCAAGGGAAAUGCUGGAGAAAUUCACCUGGAACCUCUCCUUUAGGGUAUUUAAUAUGUUAAUGUUUUGCCAUUAUUAUAGUAAAGCAGAUUUCCUUCUUUGAAUUUUCUCUAGGAGGCUAGCCCUUUGUUAGGGCUGUGCUUCCAGGCCUUUAGGACACCACUGAGUCCACUGAAAUGAUAAUUUGUUCAGUGGUUCUCUAAUGUUUCAGAGGUUAGCAUUCCUGCUGAAAAAGGAGUUCCUGCACCCUGGGAGAUAUGCACUCUUUGAAGCAUUGGUUAGAUGCCUGUCUCUGUAGUGGAGUAGCCAAAUGGGACCUGCUUAUCUAUAGGAGAUUUCAAGAUAAAAAGUUGUUAGUGAAAAACAAUUGAGUAAAAUGAAUAGAAGGAAAUUACCCUGUAAUGACCUGAAAUGGUUUCAUGGUGAAUCCCACCUAUUAUCUGUUUUCCUAAAUGCUUCAAAGUUUGUAUCAUUUUCAGCUUCUUCAAGGGUACUUUUGUUUUUCCCUCUGGGAGAGACAGACUGAGGCUGAUGACAUCAAAAUCUCACUUUGAAUUUCACACCAGCCUCUGCAGCUGCCUAGUAGACAUCUCCACUUGGAAAUUACCCAGGCAGAUCCCAAACUGAAUUUACCACUUUUUUCUAUCACCCCCUCCCCCUGCUCCUCCUGUAUUUCCUAACUCAGUCAUGGCCUAGUCAUCCAAGCUAGAAACUUGCACAUCAUACUUGAAAACUCCUGUUCCUUCCCAACAUCAAUAAUGAAAAUUAGUUGAAUAGGGACUUCCCUGGUGGCACAGUGGUUAAGAAUCUGCCUGCCAAUGCAAGGGAUACAGGUUCCAUCCCCGGUCUGAGAAGAUCCCACACGGGGAUCUUUAGUUGCCACGUAGCAACUAAAUCUGUGAGCCGCAACUUUUGAGGCUGUGUGCUGCAACUACUGAAGCCCUCACACCUAGAGCCCAUGCUCUGCGACAAGGGAAGCCGCUGCACUGAGAAGCCCACGCACCACAAUGAAGAGUAGCCUCCACUGGCCACAACUAGAGAAAGCCCACGCACAGCAAUGAAGACCCAAUGCAGCCCCCCCCCCCAAAUUUUUUUUUAAUAAAAAAAAAUUAGUUUAAUUGUCUUUCAGUCAUGACCAUACCACCUCCUAAAUAUUCCUCAAAUCUGUCUACCUGCUCUCUCUACUGCCACCACUUAUCAUGUGACCUUGGGCAAGUUGCUUAGCUUCUCUGUUCCUUGGAUCUCCCAUCUGUAAAAUGGGGGUAAUUACAUCUACCUCACAGAGUUGCAAAGAUUAAGUGAAAUAAUGGGGCUCAAAAUAUUAGCUGCAGUUAUUCAGAGCAUCACUAAGCCACAUCCUAUUUACUGAAACAUUCUCUUAAUGAGUCUCUUCUAUUUUCAAUCUCCUUCCAUGUAUUCUCCCUUACUCCAGCUAGACUGGUCUUUCUGAAGGGCAGAUCCCUUCAUGCCACUCUUCUGUGCAAAACUUUCUCAUGCUUUGCCUUGCCAGCAGUACACAGGUCGUCAUGAUGUGGCCUCUGUUGCCCUCUUCAGCUUCUGUUCUCUGCACGUCCCCUGCACUUGCAAUGCUUUUCAAGCUGCAUCUCUUUCUCUCUACUCCUCCUCACCCUUCAGGUCUCACACCUAACUUGUUUUAGGGAACCUUUGCCAGUCCCACAAGACUGGAUCAGGUGGUUCUGUUCAGUAUUCCCGGAGUUUAUCCCACUGAAAGCACUUUGUUCUUGUUUUGUAUUUGCCUGUUCACUUUUUCAUAUCCUGCAUUAGACUUUGACAUCCUUGAAGAAAUCACUGUGUCUUGCUCACCAUUGUAUCUUCAGCCCCUAGCAAAUAUUUGACUUAGAGUAGGCAGGCAACAGCUAUGUCUUAGAUUAAUGAAAGGUGUAUAUGUGUAAACUUCAUUCCCUUCAGUAGGACUGGUGACUUCAUUUCUGAUUUGUCACCACACAAGCUAUUCAUAAAAUAAAUUCUGUGGAAACGGUAGAUAUUCUGUAAUUGCAUAUCUGGUGGGGCCUAAUGCAAGAGGAAAAAGGCACCUAGAGGCAAUGUGGCCCAUCUAAGACACCCUCUCCCAAGGUAAAGCUGGGAUAAAGUCACCCACCCCGAUGCUCCAGUACUUGAUGAAUCGUUGUCAUCUUUGGAGGGUUAUCUAGGAUUAGACAUUAUGGCAACUUUGGUGACGUGUUACAAGGCAAGCUCUCAAUACAGGGAGCGUGAGCAGGAUUCUAAGCUCCCAGCUAUAGGUUUGGCUAUUGAUCAACCUCUGAAUUCUCCAAGCUGAUCACAGAAACCAAUAGUUGUUAAUAUUUUGAGGAGGAUCCAGAUCCCUUUGACAAUCUAAUGAAAGUUUUAGAUUUUUUUUUCUGCAUUUUUGGGUUUCUGUUGUUCUUUGUUGCUGUGCACAGUCUUUCUCUAGUUGUGGGGAAUGGGGACUACUCUCUUGUUGCAGUGACUUCUCUUAUUGAAGAGAACAGGCUCUAGGUGCUCAGGCUUCAGUAGUUGUGGCAUGUGGGCCCUAGAGCACAGGCUCAGUAGUUGUGGCCCACA